AUGGAUGGUGAAUCAGAUGAUUCAGAUAUGAGUAUCAAUUCAGUUGAAGAAGAACAAGAAAUAAUAUCUUCAACAAUUUCUACUUCUACACCAACAGCAACAACAACGGCAGUUAAUCAUAAAAUGAAGAAAAAAAAAGGCGUUUUUAAAAAAGAUUGGCUUAAUGUGAAAGAAUAUUCAUCCUGGUUACAAGAAGUUAAAAAUGAUCAAACACAAGCUCGAUGUAAAGCAUGUUUAAAAUCAUUUAGUGUUCGAUGUGAUGGUAAAACAGCUCUUAAAAAACAUAUGAAUAGUGAUUUUCACAAAACAUGUAUGAAAUCUUUUUCCAACAAGCCAAUGAUUGUUCAUUAUGCACCUACAAUUAGUGAAUUACAAAAAGUUUCAGCAACUGAAGCUACACUUGUAUAUCAUGGUGUUAGACACGGCCACAGUUAUAUUUCACAACAGUGUACAAUGAAUCUAGUUAAAAAUUUAUUUGAAACAACUUCAACAAUUGCCAAAUCUUUAUCAUGUGCUAGAACAAAAUCAAGAGCUAUUGCUUGCAAUGUUUUAGCUCCAUACUUUACACGUCAGAAAGUUAAUGAAAUAUUAGAAGCUCGUUUUUAUUCAAUUUCGUUCGAUGCUUCAAAUAAAGGAAAUGUUAAAACUUAUCCAUUCGUUGUUCAAUAUUUCUCCGAUAUUGGUGUGAAGAGAGGUCUUCUUGAUUUUAUUGAAGAUUCAGGUGAAACAGCACUUGAUAUAUUUAAUAAUACUGUUAAAGUCAUCGAAAAUCACCAAUUACAAAUCCAAAAUUUGACCAGCAUUGGUGCUGACAACACCAAUGUGAACUUCGAAAACGUUUUAGUUGAUAUUCAAUGUGCAGAAUUGAAGUUACAAAAUGAACAUACAACAGCUGUUGAUCUUUAUCGAAUUAUUUCUCAUUUAAUUAAAAAAUUAGAACAACGACUAGAUGAUCAUUAUUUUGGCAAUAAAGCAUAUAUGAUACUCAAUUCAUUAAAAGAAUCUGAUAAGAAUAAAGCUGAAAAAUUACAACAAUCGUUUGAAUCAUUCAUCAAAGUUACUAUCGAAUAUAUUAAUUCAUAUUUUGAUGAAAAUCGCAAUUUUUAUGAAAAAUUAUCGGUUUUUGAUUAUCAUUCUCCUCAAUUUCUUAAAUGGGAAUAUAUUAUGGAUGUUCUUGAUCUGAUCAAGAUUGAUGAUUUAGAUAAAGAUGAACUGUAUAAUGAAUACUGUGAAAUCAAAUUUAUGUACAAUAAUUUAAAGAAUAAAAAUGUGAAAUUGAAUGAAUUAAUAAAAUCAUAUAUUUUAAAUAAAAAUGCUCAUAAUCCACAAUCAACAACGUACGAAGAAGAAAAUCUUUUAUGUAAUGAUAGUGAUAAUGAAGAUUUUUUAUUACGUGACAAUAAAAGCACAUACGAAAAUGUUCGUUCUGAUCAGUUAUGGUCCUAUUUAAUAGAUCUUAAAGGUGCAACACCCAACAUUAAAAAAAUGAUAUGUUACGUUUUUUCUAUUCCAUGUAGUAAUGCAUGUGUGGAAUCUAUAUUUAGUCAAAUGAAUCAUUUAUGGACCAAUUAUCGCAAUCGUAUGGAUAUUCAAUUAGUUGCAGCGGAAUUGCAAAUCCGAAAAAAUUCAAAUAUUUCAUGCAAUGAUUUUUACAAAUAUAUAACAUCUCAACAAGAUCUAUUAAAAGCCAUAACAACAAAUGAUAAAUAUGAAACAAAAAAACGUAUUUGUAGUCAAUAA